AUGUUGUGGAGUUGGAGUAAAUAAAAAAGAACAAAGAAAUAAAGAACGUGAUUUUUAUAAAAUAAAUUUUGUUUGUUAAUUAAAUAUUUAACUUAUGACUAACAAUAGUAUCAAUUUGAAGAUUUAAAAUGUUGAGCUGCAGUAAAAUAGUUGGACAACUAUUACGCGCUACAAGAAAUAGUAAUUUAAAUUGUAUUCAAAGCACUAGUGUAAUUGUCGGAUACCCACCAACGGUACGAACAUACAUAAAAAAAGUUCCAAAAUCUUCAAGUCCCCCGGCAGAAUGUCCAGUAAAAACACCCGGGAGCAAGCUCCCCCCCGAGUGCGAAGAAAUCUGCGGGAAAAUUCCUCCAUCUGGAAACCACGAGAACCCAAUCACAAAAUGGUGGAAGCAGAUCGCAGCGUCUCUAGUAAUAACCAGCCUGGCCUACGCUUUUUAUAAUCGUUCCCGCUCCGAGGAGCCUCCAGCCCCCACUGCCCCCAAAGACUCAAAACCGCGUUUGAAAUCUCCCGCCUUAUCUUCCUCCCUUCCCCAAAAAGUUCCAUACCUGCUAAUAGGUGGCGGCACCGCUUCAUUCUCAGCGUUCCGUUACAUAAAAUCCCAAGACCCCACAGCAAAAGUUCUAAUUAUCAGUGAAGAAGAAGAUUUUCCUUACAUGCGCCCGCCAUUGUCCAAAGAAUUAUGGUACGACAAGAAUCAAGUUCCCGCGGAUUUGUCAUUCAAACAAUGGAACGGAACGGAACGAAGUCUCUACUAUGAGCCGAAAGAGUUUUUCCAGUCAGUGGAAGAUUUAAUGAACUCGGACAAGGGAGGACUCGCAGUCGCAAGUGGCUGGAAAGUCGCGGCCAUUGAUGUCUACAACAAAGUCGCCAUCUUGGAAGACGAAACGGAAAUAAGUUACGACAAGUGUCUGAUAGCCACUGGAUCGACGCCCAAGCAAUUGGAAGUAUUCAAAGAUAUACCGAAUGAAGUACGAGACAAAGUGAUGGCCUUCAGGACCAAGGAAGACUUCAUGAAACUCGCGAAACGGGUGAAGGACCCCGCGGUCAAGGACAUCGUCAUCAUUGGGGGAGGAUUCUUGGGCUCUGAGUUGGCCUGCUCGUUGGCGCGCCAUCUGUCGGAGCUGCAGAAAAACGUCUAUCAGAUUUAUAAGGAGAAGUUUAUUAUGGCGGGGAUACUUCCUGAGUAUUUGAGCGAAUGGACGACGAGGAAGUCGGAGAAGGAGGGGGUCAUCUCGGUGGCUAGGGAGGAGGUCAAGGGCUAUGAGACGGAAAAGGGGAAAUUGAAGCUGAAGCUGAGUAGUGGGAGGGCUAUCAAUGCUGAUGCGGUCGUGGUGGCCGUGGGCGCUGAGGCCAAUACGGAGUUGGCGGCUACCAGUGGGCUGGAGGUUCAUGAGGACACGGGAGGUUUUUUGGUUAAUGCGGAGCUGGAGGCGAGGAAGGAUCUCUGGGUCGCUGGAGAUGCCGCUAGUUUCCAUGAUGUGAGGCUCGGGAGGAGGAGGGUCGAGCAUCAUGACCAUGCGGUCGUCUCUGGGAGGUUGGCGGGGGAAAAUAUGACUGGUGCUGGUAAACCAUAUUUGCAUCAAUCGAUGUUCUGGAGUGACCUAGGACCGGAAGUUGGUUACGAAGCCGUUGGUAUAAUUGACUCAUUGUUACCCACCGUAGGAAUAUUUGCAAAAGAUGGAGUAUCUAACGAUGAAAGUACUACAGUUCCUCAAUCAGUAUCACAAACUCAAGAUAGUAUUGAUAAUAAUAUUUCUGAUAAUGAUAAAUCAGGAGAUGAUUACGGAAGAGGAGUUAUUUUUUACUUAAGAGAAGACAAAGUCGUUGGAAUCGUAUUAUGGAAUAUUUUCAACCGCAUGUCUAUCGCAAGACAGGUAUUAUCAAGAGGAACAAAAUUAGAUGAAAUAAAUGAGAUAGCUAAGUUAUUUACAAUUCACGAAGAUUAAUUAUAAUUUUUUGUUUAUUAUAAUAAUUUUUAUAAUUAACUCAGGUAUGAAAGUGAAUGAGCGGAAGUUUGUACAUAAAAUAAUUUUUAAAAAAUAUAUAUGUAUUUAUAUAAUUACUUAAUCAUGUUCGAUAUGCGUAGAGUCGUAAAAAUUUGCACUUAAAUAAAAAAGAAAAAUUAGUAAUUAAUUAAAUUUAUUCGAUUGACUGAGGGUUUAAAAAAAAAUUUUGUUAAUUUCGUGAAUUUAGUAUCCGUUGAGUUAACGCUGGAAGAAUUUUGUUUCGAUGUCUCUUAGCCAAACGAUCCAUGAAUCCAAGAUAAUUAUGGCAUUUAUA